GCCAAGUGAUGAGAAAACCCUAAUUAACUACAAAUUUUACAACCCCAAGAUGUCAACAUUGUUUUUUACUGUGCAGUUACCCUGGUCUUUUUUAAAUUUCACUAGUUGUCUUCUCCCUCUGAAUUCCCUAGCCCCACCAAGCUUUCAAAUUUCAUAGUGGAGCUCAAAGUUCAAAACUUUAUAUAAAUCUCUCACUGCCCCCACAAGCUUUCUUGAAUGUACUGGUGCCACCAUCAUUUUUGCUGCAUAUAUUUCUUCUUCUUCUUUUGUGUAAUUCUUUUUCAGGUGGGUAUGGGUAUCUCUUCUUGGCCAAAGAACAAUUGAGUAGGAGUGUUAUCUGAGGGUAUAGGUAGAGAAUCUGGAAACAUUCUUGACGAUUUCAAGUUUUGCAGAACAAGAAUCUGUGCUUGCAUUGUUUGAGGAAGCCAAAUGCCAAGAUCAAGGGGUUCAGAAAUGCCUCAAAGGCAAUCUCCGAGAGCUCCAUCUCAGCUAAGAACAUCGAGCUCAGAUUCAGACUCUUCACAUCACCGGGCGGUGAAUGACCGGAGCCCCAAGCCGUUGAGUGAUCGGCGAUCAUCACCCCGCAGUGCCCAGUCCGACGCCUCGAGCCAGAAGAAGCUCGGGGCGCGAAUCACAGACUUAGAAUCCCAGCUCGGGAAAGCGCAGGAAGAGCUCAGGUGUCUGAAAGUCCAGUUGGCCUCAGCUGAGUCUGCAAAGAAAGCAGCUCAAGAACUGCUUGAAAAGAAAACAAAGAAACCAACCGAAAAUCAAGAAAGUGGCCCUACAGAUGAAGAAACUGAUGUUUUCGAGAUUUCUAUGGAACCAAAACCUAAAUCCAAAUCCGGUGAAGCUAGUGAUCAAGAAGAGGCGUCGUAUGAAAACCCGAGCCUAAAGAACGACGAAUUAGACUCAUUGAGGGCAAAAUUAGAAGCGAAGGAAAAAGAGCUUGAAAAGUUCAGCCAAGAAAAUAAAAGCUUAAAUCUGCAAGCUAAAGCCAAGGAAGAAGAAACAGCUCUUAAGUUAAACCAAGUCAUCCAAGAACUGGAAGCUACUAAGAGCAAUGAAGCCAGGAUAAACGAGAAGCUAGACGCCACUGAGAAGGCGAAGGAGGAGUUAGAAGCCGAGAUGAAGAAACUCCGAGUGCAAACCGAGCAGUGGAGAAAGGCGGCAGAUGCAGCGGCUGCAGUUCUUGCAGGCGGGGCAGAUAUGAACGAGGGAAGGAUUUCUGAGAGGUGUGGAUCGAUGGAUAAACAGUAUAACAGCAGUGUAUUUGAAUCUGCAGUGGGAGGAUAUGGCAGCUAUUUGGGCUCUCCCGGGUUGAUUGGUGAAACCGAAGAUUUUGGGAGUGGGAAGAGGAGAAGCUCUGGCAUCAAAAUGUUUGAUCUGUGGAAGAAGAAAACCCAGAAAUAAAGCAGUUUUUCAACACUUGCAACUACAGGAGAAACUCUCUCCUAGUUCCUUUUUUUUGCUGGCUUGUAAGAUGAUUUACCUACCAUUUUGAUCAUGUUUCAACCUUUUACAUUUUGCAUGUGUUCAAAUUUUUAUGAACUCCUUCCACUUCUUUU